UACAGCCAGUAAAUGCGAUGGGUAUAGAGAAGCCGGUCUUGUAUUGACCAAGAGAAAUGGAUGUUGAAAAUGUUGAGAACUGAGAAAUUAAAGUGAACACAAUAUAAGUGGGGAGCACAGGAUAGUAAUUAUAGCCAAUAUGUGCUGUUUACUCUGUGCCAGUGUUCUAAGCACCUAAUGUAUAUAAUCUCAUUCAUUCCUAAUAUUAUCCAUAUUUUAUGGGUGAGGAAACCAAAGCCCAGAAAAAAUUAAGUAACUUGCUCAAAGUGUCACAGCUAGUAAGUGGUGGAAGCUAGGAUAUGAACUCAAGUCAGCUGGCUUUAGAGUCUGUGCAGGUCCAGGAGAGGUGAGGAGGCAGCUGGGGAUAGGUGUGGCACCAUGAGGGAAUGUGGGCUGUGAGUACUAUAUCCUGUUUACCUGUGGGGGAAGUCAGACCCCUGAGUCAGAACUCAUGCUGGGCUGCUUUGCUGGACCCAUCAUGGUGUGUGGGUGUCCAGGCCAGGCUACUCUGGAAGGAAAAGAUUCCCAGAAUUCCUAAGGCCAUAGUCCUGGAAUCUAGGUCUCUCUUUAGGCUGAGAUGUCAGCUUGGCAUUGAGCAGUUUGAGGAAUAUGAAAUUUAGAAGUCCAGCCUUAUAAGAACACAGGGGGACAUGUAUAAGGCGAGUUGAGGGCAGAAUGAGAGUUACUGUCAGGCAGCAUCCGUUCAAACAUACAGGACCCCACCAAAGGUGGGACAGAAUGGGCUGUGUCACUAGCUUAAUAAGUUUAAGUGGGGUUGUGAAAGAGUGAGCAACUGAACGAACAGGCCCCUGGGCCUGUAGACACUUAUGCCAGUGGCUUAGGGGGCACAGGAAAGGAACUGAGGAUUUGCACACAGAAUUAAGGAGUGCGGGCUUUGUGCUGGGGUAUGAAGGAAGGCAUGGAGGGAGUAGAGGGUGAUAUGCCUCUUACCGCCCCAGUCCUAGUACCAAUUGAGCCGCAUUCCCCCUUUGCUUCUCCAGCCACGGUUGACAUUCCCGGCCUCGUGCCUCCACCGCCCCCACGCGUGCCGCCGCAGGGAGCGGCCUGACCACGGCGUGACGCCUCGGGGGCGGGGUCUCAUUAAUAAAACGGGUACGGGACCGCGGCCCCGGCCCCAAGACAAGACCUGAGUCAAAGGGAGGGCCAGCUCUUUCUGCCCACAACAUCAGCCACGUUAGCGACCCCCUCGAGUCCGCGGCGGGCACCAUGCAGCUCCUAGUGAGAGUGCCAUCUCUUCCGGAGCAGGGAGAACUAGACUGUAACAUCUGCUACCGACCCUUCAACCUCGGUCGCCGAGCGCCCCGCCGUCUGUCCGGAACGGCACGCGCCCGCUGCGGACACACGCUCUGCACCGCCUGUUUGCAAGAGCUGGCAGCGCGCGGUGACCGCGGAGGAGCGGCCGCGCGUGUAGUGCGCCUGCGCCGCGUCGUCACAUGUCCCUUCUGCCGUGCGCCCACCCCGCUUCCGCGCGGCGGGGUCACAGAGGUUUCUGUGGACCCGGACUUGUGGUCGCGGUUGGAGGAAAAAGCGCGAGCCGAACGCGAACCAGAUGAGGCGGGUAGCCGGAUCAGGGAAAGCGGCGACGCCGACCAGGAGACCGACGACGAAGAAGAGAGCGAGAAGGAGGCGGGGCCAAAGAGCGCGGGGUGGCGCGCGCUUCGGCGAUUCUGGUACAGGGUGCUAGCGCCCGCGCGCGGAGGUCGGCGCCCGCUGCCUAGCAACGUGCUGUACUGUCCAGAGAUUAAGGACUUUGCCCACAAGACCCGCUGCACGCUGUAAUUGAGGGACCCGGAAGCUGCGGCGGAAGGAACGUGGGAGCUGCAUUCUCAGAGAGUGCUGUAGUACAAGGGGUUGAUGCCAAGGCUACCCCCCUCCCGUCCCGGGAUUGAUGAAGUUGAGCCGAGGGCAGGAGGGAACGCCCUGGGAGGUGUUGAUACUGAACUGGGGAGACUACUAGACGUAUCGCCCCCAUCUAUUGACUGUGCCAGCCUUACAUAUACAGGAUGGAGUGGCCUAGGGAUAAAAACGAUCUACGCUCCAGUGAGAAGACGACAGAUUGUUUCCUUAGCUGUGACUUUGGCUUUUGUCCAGGGCAGCUCUGGUGUGUGGGAGCAACAAGUCCCGUUUUAGCAAUUGUGUCAAUGGUUUGAAAUUUUUAAAAAGCUGGAGUGGGAGGGAAGAGGCUGAUUUUCAUGUCACGUUAAUCUCACUUCUCUAGCACAUAAGAGAACUGAGAAAAAUAAGCCUUUUCCCCCCCUCACAGUGCUGUUAUGCUUGUUUCCCCACUUCCAGUACUGUGAAUGUAAAAUUGAGAUGUCUCUUGCCUUGCUUCAUUUCAGAAUCUCCCUUCAUUUUGUUAGGGCAGGUCUAAAGGGCAUUUAUCUGAGGCACCUAAUUAGGGCUUAUCAAGGAUAGAAGGGAGAGCCAUUUGGUAAAGGCAUCAAAUUUUAAACCUUUGAUAUGUUUUUACAGUCACAAGAAAACACUCCUGAAAAAAGAUGCUUAUCAUACAAUUUUAAACUUGUGUCCCAUAAUUGGACAUCUGUUGUAUGUCAUGAAUUCUGUUUUAAAAUCCCGUCAGUAUCUUACGAUGUAAAGGGCCAGCAGCAUCAGCAUCAGCAUCAGUGGGAGCUGGUUGGAUGUGUAAAAUCUCAGGAUUCCACUUCAGACUUACUGAAUCAACCUGAAUUUUAAGAAUCUCAGGUGAUCCGUGUGCACAUAAAAAUUUAAGCAGCAUUGGUCCAGGUCCUGGAUGCUCUAGGAUGUUACCAUCUAUGGGUGGAAUAUUUAGAAUACAAAUGGUAUUUAAUAUAUACUGUUUUAUUACAAGUUCUAAAGUGACAUUCUGUUGAAAUCUAAAUUAUGUGCUUGUUUCAUUUUCCUCCUAGUUAAAAAUGUGAACUUAAGUAUAAACCUCAAUUUUUGUAACUGUAUUUUGACUUUUUCCUGUCUUUAAGGUCUCAGCUUAAAUGUUCCCUGUUCAGAGUUCUUUCUCAAUAUCUAACCUGGUAUAGUCCCUCCCUCACCCUCUGUAGCAUAAUAAUGCCUUAUUUUCACUGCUUUUAUUUCCAGAUAGUAUGUGUUUUGUUGGUGUCCCCCAAUAGAGUGUAAUCUCCAUGAGAGCAAUGACUGACUUGUGACUGUUGUAUCUCCAGGGCCAACAGUAUUAAUGUAAAGCAUGUACUCAAUAAAUAUUUAUUAGAUUUUUUUUAAAAAAUAGCCUCAAAAA